CGGCUUGCUUCUCCCGCGGCGCCCCCCCCCCCACCCCCUCGCCUCUGCCGCAAGAUCUCGUGUAUGGCCGACAUGAUUUGCUAAUUAAUUAAUCUUGCGUCGGCAAUUCCCGGUCGUCAGCAGUGCCCAUCUCUCACGUGAUUCCGCCUCUUAAAUUGGGAAGCAUUGCUCGUUCCGGUUCCUCGGAGCAGAAGCUUCGGAAGAGCUCUCGCUGGGAUUUCUCGAUCGGUUUGUGUGGAGAGAGGAAGAUGGACAAGUACGAGCUGGUUAGGGAUCUGGGGGCCGGCAAUUUUGGGGUUGCGAGGUUGCUGCGGCACAAGGAUACGAAGGAACUCGUUGCGAUGAAGUACAUCCCCAGAGGGCAAAAGAUCGACGAGAAUGUGGCGAGAGAGAUCAUCAAUCACCGGUCGCUUCGGCACCCUAAUAUCAUCCGAUUCAAAGAGGUCGUUCUAACUCGGACUCAUCUUGGCAUCGUGAUGGAGUACGCCGCCGGUGGGGAGCUCUUCGACCGGAUCUCCAACGCCGGAAGAUUCAGCGAAGACGAGGCGAGGUAUUUCUUCCAGCAACUCAUUUGCGGCGUCAGCUAUUGCCAUUUCAUGCAAAUUUGUCACCGAGAUCUGAAGCUAGAAAACACCUUAUUAGACGGGAGCCCCGCGCCGCGCCUCAAGAUCUGCGACUUCGGUUACUCCAAGUCAUCUCUGCUUCACUCGCGGCCCAAAUCCACCGUUGGGACUCCGGCGUACAUCGCCCCCGAAGUGCUCUCUCGGCGCGAGUACGACGGCAAGACAGCUGAUGUCUGGUCAUGCGGGGUAACAUUGUAUGUGAUGCUGGUGGGAGCCUACCCCUUUGAAGACCCAGACGACCCCAGGAAUUUUAGGAAGACAAUUGGGAGAAUAGUGGCAGCACAGUACAAGAUACCUGAAUAUGUUCAUACCUCCCAAGAUUGCAGGCAAAUCCUAUCAAGGAUCUUCGUUGCCAACCCAGAAAGGAGAAUUACUAUAAGGGAAAUAAGGAACCAUCCCUGGUUCUUGAAGAACUUGCCUAGGGAGCUAACUGAAGCAGCGCAAGCGCAAUACUAUAAGCGGGAUAAUGAUGCCCCUACCUAUUCUCUGCAGAGUAUCGAGGAGAUAAUGAGGAUUGUGGGCGAAGCACGGACUCCUCCACCGUCAAGCACACCUGUGGCAGGUUUUGGUUGGCUGGCUGGGGAGGAUGAAGGCAAGCAAGAAGAACAAGAUAACAAUGUCGAGGAAGAAGAUGAAUACGAAAAGAGGGUCAAGGAAGUCCGUGCCAGCGGAGCAUACCCAUUGGUUGAUUGAAUAAGAUUAGUGGCAAAGUGAGAAUCAAUCAGAAGAAGAUUAAAGAGAACACCAUUUAUCGUGUAUUGCUAAUCAUGGAUCUUUGUAGAAUUUGCUCUAUGUAGUUGUUGUCCGAUUCAGUGCUGGUGGUGUAACUCGUAAAAUUUAAACUGCUACUAUAUUCUCCUUCA